AUGGGCAAUGGCACAGAGAAGGAAGUAUGUCGGUGGUCCAUAGGAAAAGCUGAGGCGUCAACAGAUUGGUUCGAGAAUUCCGAAAUGCAAUUUCAAUUGCGAAACGUGAUGUGUAAAACAACAAGAUUCUAUCACGUAAUAAUUUCCCUGCCGUUGGAUAUAGUCUCAAAUUUGUCGUUAAAAGUGCAAAGAGGAACAGAUUACGACGCUCUAAAAGCAGAGUUGCUAUCAACGUUCAAACAAACAAAACCAGAGCAAUUCCAAGAAAAAGAAUCUUUUAAAAUAAAUUUGAAUCUGAUGAAUGUAAACAAAAUCGAAGAGAGGCAGCCAUCAGAAGAGUCCAAUAAAAUAAAAGUCGUCCUGAGCAAGAACGAAGAUAAAAAUGACAUCCAACAAUCACAACAGCAAAAUGCUGAGCAGAAUGCUACCAUCCCAUCAGCAAAUUCACACAUGAACGAUUCUCUCCUUCCACUGGACAGAAGGUUGCAUGAGAGGCCAGAACAAAAUUUGAACCAGCAACCAAAACGGCAACCGCGUUUUCAGCAACCACGCCAUCAUCAACAUCUCAUGAAACAAGAUAAAUAUCAACCAAAUUAUCAGCGACAAAAGCAACAUCAUUACGAGAAACAACAACAUCAGACACAAAAUCUAUUGAAACACCAGAAACAGCAACACCAAUAUCAGGUGCAACAACAACACAAGAAACAAGACCGACGUCAACCACAUCGGAACCAACAACCCAACACUCCAGAAAAGGGAGGCGAAUAA